AUGUCAGACAAAUAUACGCUCUCGGUGACAGCCGGACCAUCAUACAAAGACCAGAAGCCAGUUCCUGUCAACACAGAAGAUGUUACCAAGAUUGAUUCCGAUCUGGCAACGAUAAACUUACGCGUUCGAAUCCAGAAUUUCCGUGGCGAGUCUCCUUCCGCUCCGAAGACAUCGCCAUAUUUCGAAGAUGAACACCACAAGUCCGAUCUGUACUCCCUAGGAUUCACAUUGACUCCCAAAAAGGACAUCAACGGGAAUGACCUUGUCCUUGGCAACGACUUUGACCAUCCCAUCCGUGACAGACUACCACCAGGCUUCCAGCAGGCUUUCAAGAUCGCGACAUGGUUCAUCGACCCCGGUCUCUACGGCGAUGUCCACGCCGACGAGCCUUACCUCUACAGUCCACUGCUGAGUUCGAUCAACGUGCUACGAAUAGGACCCAAGGAUGACAAGGAGCAGGAGAAGAUAGAGGAGGCUCGCGCGGAGAAGACGGCGGUCGUCUUCGAGGAGGGUGCAGAUGGGGACGGUCAACAGGCGAGAGAGUCGCAAGGUGUCCCCGCGACUGUCGCAGCUAGGAGAAAGCAUUUCCUCACCAAAGCGCACCUGGAAGCAUUCACGCUUGAAAAGGAUCGCGAGUACUCGCUGGACUUCUACAACCCUUACUUGGACUUCAAUGGCAAGACCCAUUCUCUUAGAUACGUGCUCAAGAAUCGCGAGACCGACGAGACGCUGUUCGUGGUUGUCUUCUCGUUGGUACCUAAGGACGGACAUGAGAAGCCAGAGCCUACCAAAGAGACAGCUCCCGCUGCUGCGCCCUCGACGAAUGAUGAUGAUGUUGACUGA